AUGUCCGCUAUCCCAGGGUUUGGCUACCGAGGCCUAGGUAUCGCGAAUCCUGCUUCGAUGAUGGGCUUGCCGCGACUGGACACCAGCUCGAUUCCUUCAGGAUUGUCAAGCGGCCUGCGAACAGCGCCUCCUUUCGGCGGUUUCCCUACAGAUUUCGAUUUCGAUAUGGGCAGCUACGAGGGAGGUGACUCUGAUACAGUCAAUCCGCAUGAACUCCAUACCCCGGGUCUUCAAGGUCUUGCUAGUGACGGUCAUGCCGGUCUCGGUACCAGCUACUAUCCUGGUUUGCUCAAUUCGCAAGUCAUAGCUGACGAUGACGGGAAUUUUGAGUGGAUAACCCAGGGGUUCGACCACCAGAUGCCGUUUAUGGGUGCUGAGAAUGCAGUCGAGUCAUCUCCGUCUGCUAUGGACACUAAUAGCCCUGCAAAUUUCCAAGAAGCCAAUGGCGUGAAACAUGGGUAUCAGCCGAUGCAUCAACCGCACAAGGUAGACAACAUGUGGCACAUGUCCACUGCAGCUCAUCAGCAGGAUCUUAGCAGUCCGACGGGUGUAGACGUCAACUCUCUCUUCACCGAUGUGCCAGCAUCACUCGAUCAUACUAUCUCACCCAAAACGCUCUUAGCACACGGCAACGUAGGGUACGACAUGUAUUUCACGGGCACUUCUGAUUUCUCCCAAAUGGACACGACCAAUCCUACGAACCUUUCCAACAGUCCUUUCGUGCUGCCCUUCAAGCGAGACAAUAUUCCUUCUACAGCUUCGACGACUUCGGUAGACAGCAGCAUGCGACAUAGCUCUGUCACCACGAACUGUAGUGAGCUGGUCACUGAGCAUAUGCGGAGCUCGAUCAUGGCUAGCUUGUCACAAUGCUCAAGUUUUGGUCGCAGACAAUCAAUGCCUGUAGUGAGUUCGCCAUUGACUCCUGGGGGCAGCACCAAAGCUAAGGGUUUCAACGCGAGUACCUUUCCGAGUACAGCAGAUCUUCAGCGAUAUGCUUCAGCCUAUUUUCGAUUCUGUCACCCUCAUCUACCAUUCCUGCAUGUUGCGACGCUCAAUUUCGAGUCACCAGAGUAUGCAAGCUCAUGGAGAAGCAGUGGGUCAUAUAGUAACUACGGACAAGUUGGUAACUUUAUAGGAGGAAGUUGCCUCUUACUGUCGGUUGCAGCCAUGGGUGCUUUGUAUGAAAACGAGUCCAACGUGUCGAGGGAACUCUUCGAGUAUGCUAAACGCACCAUCAGCAAUUACCUAGAGGGCAGACGAAAAUCGAACGUCAGCAGAACAAUGUUUGCCUCUCAUCAUCAAGCUGAUAACGAAGACACUCCUCUGUGGCUGGUACAAGCAAUGUUACUGAAUGUUGUAUAUGGUCACAAUUGUGGCGAUAAAACUGCUGCAGACAUUGCAAGCAAUCAUUGUGCUGCUCUUGUGAGUCUAGCUCGAGGGGCGGAACUUGCCAAGCCCUACCCAAAUCUCACGGCUUCGGAAGCAUGGAUGAGCUCAAAUCAAGAUAGCAUUGACUCGGAAUGGUUAGAAUGGAAGAUUCUAGAGGAACGAAAGCGUACCCUGUACUCAAUCUUUGUCCUGUCGAGUAUGCUGGUAAUGGCAUAUAACCGACCACCAGCACUAACCAACUCUGAAAUCAGACUGGACUUGCCAUGCGAUGAGGAGUUGUGGGCAGCGGAAAGUGCUCAUGCGUGGCGAGCCCUGGGUGGAAAUGCGGCGGUCAGGAGCCGCGCUAUACCAUUUGCUGGUGCCCUGACUCAUUUACUUACCACAGCGCAAAGAGAAAAACAAGCGAUGGAGCAGAACUAUAAUACAGACUCGUGGCAUCAGCACGAGAUCCCGAAUUCUGUGCUGAAGCCUAGCUCUUUUGGAUGCCUCGUACUGAUUAAUGCUUUGCACAAUUACAUAUGGGAGACACGACAACGACAUCUUGGACGACAAUGGACGCCACAAGAAGUUGAAGCAAUGCAUGCCCACAUUGAACCCGCCCUUCGUGCUUGGUCGACAGCCUGGAGCUCGAAUCCUUUGCAUGUUAUUGAGCGGCCAAAUCCUUUCGGGGCCGGACCAUUACCAGCUGAUAGUAUUCCGUUAUUAGAUCUGGCGUACGUUAGACUUUUUGUCGAUUUCGGCAGAUCAAAGGAAGCAUAUUGGCAGAGGGACUACGACAGUAUGGCUCAGGAGCUAGCCAAAGGACCAGAAACGGGUUAUGUUGGUAAUGCCGGACGACCAGAUGGGAUGGCUUCACCAAAUGGUCACGAAGGAACACCAGAAAGCAGUAUGGGUUCGGGAUUCUUCGAAUCGUCAGGCAAUGACCGAGGUGAGAUGCUUGAGUACACAUCGAAACCUACUAGGCGGGAACGACAUCUCCGCAAGGCUGCUUUCUAUGCUGCUGAUCACCUCAUUAAUGCAGAUCGUUUGGGCAUGGCAUUCGUAGAGAAGACAUCGCGAGAUCUUCCAAUGCAAUCGGUACUUUGCGCUUGUGACAGUGCUCAAGUAUUGUCCGAGUGGGUAACAACGUUGCAAGAGCGGGUCGGCAAAUACGUCGGCAUGCUUGGAAUAGAUAAUAUCAACCUCAACGAAGUUCCGGCUGUGCUCUUGCUCGACGAAGAAGAUCGCAAAUUGUUGGGUCGAGUCGAAGAGCUUUUGAUAAGUGGUGAGCAAAAGAGUGAUAAUCUUGCUGCUUUGCACGAAGGACGUCAGGGCGGAUACGGAAGCCGAGUCCUGUUACUGACGUCGCAGACUAUGGCUCGAGCAGCGGUGUGGCCUGUCACCAAAUUGAUGUCACAAUCUCUGGAGAUACAGGCCGGACACGUAUCAGCCCGCGUGCUCAACUCUGUGUCACAUGAGCAGAUUCUUGUCAACUAA